GCAUUUUGCAUUUGUGUAUACGCAGCAAUACGCAGUUGUUCGUGAGAUUUUGCUACAUUUAGGUCUUGUUUCCCCCCCUCUUUGUCCUUGUUUGAGGACUCAUCAGUCUCCGAUAAACGAUCGUCGUUAUUGGCGAUAGCCUAAUACACGGCUCGGUUCUAGUAAAGUUUGUCGCAUUGUAUCGAUAUUUAAAAGGCACUCGUAUACCAAAGAGCAGCAAAGAUGACGGUCAUCACGAAAGCGAUUACCGAAAAGAAGGCGUCCGACAAAAUGGAGCAGCCAUUGUUUGUUGAGGAAAAUGCAGCGCAGGAUAGCUCAAAAACUGAUCCCGAAGCAGCACGUCCAAAAAGCGAUUCCAAUGGUCAUUACUUCGUUGCCAGAAGAAGCAUCCACCAUAUACAUGUAACAGCUACAUUUUUGCUCUUUCUCGUCGCACUGAUGAUACUGAUUAUUGGCGUCAUUGGUGGACUUUACAUCUACAAACAAUACGCGAGAACUCAGAUGCACAGAUUCCGUACUGGCUGGUACAGCAUUCCGUACGACAGCUCAAAUAAAGCAUCUUACGGAAACAAUGGAGUUCAUCAGGGAUUGUUAGCCGAUUCCGAUCUAUUCGCCAAGAGUCUCACUAGAGUUAUGGAGCAAGAUGCACUGGAUAUUGCGAAGCAGAUGGAUCACGACAUCAAUAAUUUCUUCAAGGAGAGAUUUGAAAUUGAUCUUGAGAAUGAGCACUACGAGAAGAUUGAUGUGCCCGACUUCCGCGGCGGACGCCAAGGUCGCUUUAUACACGAUUUUAAUAUUAAUAAAACAGGUAUUAUAGAUAUUGAUGGUCAGUGCUGCUUUGUUAUGCCAUUGAACCGUCAGCGUGUAUUACCACCUCGUAAUAUGUAUGAUCUCCUUAGAAAGAUGUACAACGGUUAUUACGAAGUGGAUACUGCAAUCGUACGUGAAACCAUGAAAGUAGUGACACCACCGAUCACUGACAUGUCAGUCGUCGGAACGUACAUAGCACGCGAAUGCCAAGACUUGCCUACCUAUAUGCUGCAGAAAGUGAAUUCUUCUAGCGUUGUGAAACGCAGCGCAUCGAGUGGAGUGUUCGGACAAUUCGCCGGCAACAGCAUUAUGGAAGUCGAUAUUGUAAAUUUAGAAGACUUUGAAUGAAACUACGAAAAAUUGAGCAGAGAAAAUUUUCAAUUAUUCUAGAAUAUUAAUCACCAGUAGAUCAAUGUAUAAAAAUUGUACGCUGUCCAGAGUAAACUUAGACGUACUACAUAUUUAUCGAGAGAUCUUCAGUAUGUCUUUCCAUUAUAUACUUUCUAUUAGCUCUAGAUCAUAAAAUUAUAUGAUGCAAUUGUGCGAUAAUUUGUUAUCGAUCAGAGAUAUUUGAUGCAUCACGAGAGGGUUAUGAGGGAUCUUUUAUAUCACAAAAGGCUAAACGUAAACGACUGAAUCAUUGAAUCACUAGAAAAAGUGCAAGAAAUCGAAGAGAAAUGGAAUUAUAUAAAAUAAAAUGUCUGCGAGUUGAUUAUUAUAGAAAAGUUAAUAUUUCUUCCGUAUUCUCGAAAUAUGUUAUUCAGACAAGUAGUAAAUGCGAUAUGUUAGUUAAACUACAGUAAUGAAAUGUUCACUAUUACGAAUACUCUAACACACUGCUUGUUGACUAUAUUUACAAAUAAGAGUUGAGUGAAUAAUGAAACCAAUGAAGGACAGCUGAGCAUUCAAGUCGUUGGGUUUGCGAUGCAGUUUUAUGUGAUGUGUUAUGAUCAAUGAACUAUAGAUACAUUCAUUUGUAAAUUAUUAGAGAAAAUUUAUGGCUCUCAUUAUGAACAAUGCUUCAAUAUGAUAAGCAUGAGAUGCUGAGCACACAAAUUUCUAGUAUGAGAAUGAAAUAAUUUUCAGAAUAUUUUCAACAAGGUAAAUAUAUUGUUUUAGCAAUCAUAAUAUGUAAAACAGUAAACAUUUAUGAGAUUAUUGUGACUAUAUAAAUAUUUUUACAAAAUAUUUGGACUGAAAAGUAAUAGAAGUUACAAAUAACGGCUAUUGAUUCAAAAGAAAUUUUGGUGUUCAGAUAUUCCUUGUGACAAGACUUGUUUAUUUAUUCUGCAAUUUUGGUUGAAAAGCCGCUGCUUUAAUAAGAAUUAAUGAUAUUAUAUAACAGUAUUAUUUUUUAAAUAUGUUUUACAUAGUUUAAAAUUGGAACUAAAAAUCCAAAAUUGUGUGCAAUAAAUAAAUUGACUGCACUUUGCCAUUAGUCUAUUUUUAGUGCAUUUUAUAAAAAAUUAUUUUUCACAUUUUUUAAUUUUAUGUAUAUUUAUUAUUUAAUAUGCGCACGCGACAUAUUCAUUGUCGGCAAAUGUAUCUAGGUACUCGGGCUUCUCUAUUCAUUAACUUUGAAUAUUACACAUUAUACGUAAAUUAAGCAUCAGCAUUUAUGAAAUGUAUCUCUUAAAUUUGAUUCAUGAUGCUUGAUAAUAAAAGAUUAAGACUUAGUCAAUAAACCCGAAAAAAACUGUAGUAGUAUGUCAGAAAGAAAAAAAAUUGUAAUACAUUCUGUAAUACAUUCCACAUUAUAGAUUAUUAUCUAUAGACAUCGUAAAAUUAAGCCGAGUUAUAUAAAAGCAUUGUUGCAGAAUGACUUUUUGUGUGUAAAUGAUUGAAAUAGAUAUUUAAAAACAACCAUGAUUAUAAUAUGGGAAAUAAAGUAUUGUGUUGUAUUUCUGAAUAGAUUAGAAUAAUUAAACUUUAAUAUCCACGUAAAAA